UAACUUACCGUCAUCAUCAUCGCAUUGAUUAUACUCCAAUCACAAGUUCACAACCAUGUCUUCGUCACAGCAACCAUUCGAGCAUGUUCUUGUUACAGUUCCCGGCGUCUUCCUCCACCUCAUAGAGAAUGACUCCAGCGUCGAACUUGCUUCCGGAGACCUCACCAUAACCACCAUAUACGAAGGUGAAAACGGCGUUGCCGUUAUCGCUGGAAUCGGCGAACAAGUCCGGUGGCCGUUGACGAAGGAUGUUUCCGCUGUAAAACUCGACGAGUCCCACUACUUCUUCACGCUUCGCGUUCCCAAUAAUAAUCAGAAAGAAGGAGAGGAAGAUUACGAUGUGUUGAGCUAUGGUUUGACCGUGGCUUCAAAGGGUCAAGAGGGUGUGCUGAAGGAACUCGAUGAGGUUCUGGAAAGGUAUAGUAUUCUUUCAGUGGAGAAGGUAGAGAGCGUGCAAGGAUGGGAGGUGGUGGUGCCGAGGGAGACCUCGCCGGAGGACAUGAAGGUUUCCGGCGAGAAGAGGGAGUUAGUUGAGGAGAGCUCUGCAGCUUACUGGACCACGGUGGCACCCAACGUGGAGGACUACAGUAGCCGGUUCGCUCGGUGGAUAGCCGCUGGUUCGGGGCAGGUUGUGAGGGGGAUUCUUUGGUGUGGGGAUGUUACUGUCGAGAGGUUGAAGUCCGGCAAUGACUUCUUCAAGAGGAGGAUGCAACCUGCUUCUUCUCGAUCUCAGAUUAGUCCUCGAAAAAUUGAGAGCCUGAAAAGGGUUAAGAGGUUGACAAAGAUGUCAGAGAAGGUGGCCACCGGUAUCCUUUCUGGGGUGGUGAAGGUGUCUGGGUUCUUCACAAGUUCUGUAGUGAAUUCUAAAGCAGGGAAAAAAUUCUUUAGCUUUCUGCCAGGGGAAAUUGUUCUUGCUACUAUGGAUGGAUUCAAUAAGGUGUGUGAUGCUGUGGAAGUAGCUGGAAGGAAUGUAAUGUCUACUUCAUCUGUUGUCACCACAGAACUUGUUUCCCAUAAAUAUGGAGAGGAAGCAGGGAAGGUGACAAAUGAAGGGCUUGGUGCAGCAGGGCAUGCAAUGGGGACAGCAUGGACUGUAUUCAAGAUUAGGAAAGCACUCAAUCCAAAGAGUGUCAUGAAGCCUACUACACUAGCCAAAGCUGCUGCCAAAGCAAAUUCUGCUCAACUCAAAGCAAACCAGUAGUUAAAUGCUGCAAAAUUUUGAUAUCUAGCGUAGUAAAGGGAUUCAUAGUUGUUUUGCUAUUCCAGUUUGUUUGUUUAAUGUUCAAUUCAUCUCUCCAAUAUUUUUCAACGUGUCUAGCAUUUUAGUAUUGAAUGAUAUAGAUAGAUGUUCUCUAAAA